AUGAAGGUGCUUACGCUGUUCCAGGACUUAGCGUCGAUACGAUUGUACGACAACAGCACACUCCGGAUUAGCAUUGGAGCGACCAUAAUAAUCAAAUGUGACAUGGACUUCGUACUUUAUCCGUUGGACGUACAGACUUGUGCUGUAGACUUCGGCAGCUACAAAUACACGCUGACGGACAUGAAAUUCCAUUGGAGAGACGAUCCGCUGAUUUUCCCCAGUGACUUUGGAGAUGGAUUUCGAUUGCCUCGUUACGUCGUAUCGUUUGUCACUGAUAAUCGUUUGAAUGUGAUUUAUUAUGGCGAUGGUAAUCAUUCCACGGCCAGGCUGGUGAUCACACUCAGCCGUGAACUCAGAAGUCAUCUGCUAGAGAGCUACUUGCCAAGCACGCUAUUCGUCAUCAUGUCUUGGGGCAGCUUCGUAGUAAUGCCUGAAGUUGUGCCUGGAAGAAUGGUUCUACUGGUCACAACGCUUCUGUCACUGGUCACCAUGUUCGAUACCAUAAGCAUACGUGGUGCAUUAACCUACAAAAUAUGGAACAAUGUACAAAAGAACAACUCGCCGAGCGCUCUGGAACUGAAAUGCAUCGAAGUGUGGCUAAUAUCGUGCACGCUGUUCGUGUUCCUGGCGCUGGUCGAGUACUUUAUCGUGCUAUUUGGAAUGCGAUACGAUAAGCACUGGAGGCAUAAGAAACGCGAUCUAGAUAGCAGUUUAGGGGCUCCAAGCAAACCACCAUUGUUCGGGUCCAACAAAGUUCACGCAACAUCCGGAAGCGAUAUGGCUGGAGACGAAGAUUCGACUGCAAAAUCUCAACUCCCUACAUCACAGCAGCAUAUGGUGACAACGAACAGUGGACCAGUGGCAGUUGCAUCCACCGGGAAGCUGCGAUUCCAGUUGAUCACCAGACAUGUCAUACUAUAUUGCGGUUCGCCGAGGGGCACCCUAGACCAGGUUUCGUUGGCACUGUUCCCGUUGUGCUUUGUCAUUUUCUCCGUCAUGUACUGGUUAUCGUACCUAAAUGAGUCCAGGCGCAAGGCGUUGGCCUCCGUCGUCUGA